AUGAGCGAUCCAUUAAUUCUACAGCAAACGCUCUUUCACACCAUUUCUCGGGCAUUAGAGAAUUUCAAGAAGAUCGGAAGAAACAAUUAUACGCCCGCAACGAUUCGCUCUCGAAUGACUUCUCUCAAGGAAACCUGGAUGCAGUGCCGUCAAACUCAUGCAGCGAUUCUCCAAGCGUACGCUGAAGCAAAGAGGGAGAAGAUGGAGUAUUUUCAAGCCAACAAGAUGGAGAGUCAUGAGGAUCUCUAUCAAGCAGCGAUAGACUAUAUGACGAACUGCCUCGAGGAAUCAGAGCCGACUGUGAGUCCGAACCAAUCUAUCAAUUAUUCAACGAAUCAUGCGGAUUCUGCGGCGCUUUCGUUACAGCAUCUCCCAGCCAUUCAAUUACCAUCCUUUAACGGGAGCUUCGACGAAUGGGAGAGCUUUUGCGAUCGCUUCACGGCUUUAAUUAUAAAUAAUAAGGAGCUCUCAGAUUUUAGUCGGAUGCACUUUCUCGUUUCAAAUCUCACCGGAUGUGCUCACAACGCGAUAGCCAGUUUAUCAGUGACCGCGGAUAAUUUCAACAUUGCGUGGACAGCGUUAAGGGCGCGCUUCGAAAAUAAGCGCCGAUUAAUCGAGAUGCAUGUAGCUACCUUGUUCUCGUUACCAACCUUGUUACGCAAAUCAUCGUCCGAAUUGUAUGCGUUGCGCAAUAAAGUGGAAAAAGCUAUCGCGUCGUUAAAGCGAUUAAAUCGAUCCUCUACCGAUAUUCUCGAUGACAUCCUCGUUCACUGCAUAUCUCAAAGGCUUGACCAAGCCACACGACGCGCUUGGAAACUAAAGUUUAACGAAGCAUCUCCUCCCGCGACGUACGACGAAUUACUGACAUUUUUAUCAUCGCGCGCGAGUGCACUUGAGGAACUCAAACCGAUCAAAGGGUCAAGUUCAAGUCGCGAAAAUAAAGUAGCCAGUGCUAAUGCGUCGGUAGCGGCGACUCCUAUGUGCGGGCUGUGUAAAAACCAGCAUUUCCUAAAUCAUUGUCCAAAAUUUCUCGACAAAAGUGUGAGUCAACGUCGAGAGUAUGUAAAACAAAACAAACUUUGUUUUAAUUGUCUACGCAAAAAUCAUUCCGUGGCAGAACGCCGCAGUAAAUUCGCUUGCCGUACUUGUCAAAAGAAACAUCAUACAAUGUUACAUGUCGACUCACACUCCUCGUCGAAUACGAAUCAAGCGACAACUUCGAGCGAAAAUUCAGUGCAGACCAGCGAAAAAUCACAAGUCAUUUCUCUUUCGGUGGUUUCGAGCGACGCGUCGCCAUUACCUGUUCUUCUCGCGACGGCGAAAAUCAAGAUAAGCUCGCCGACGGGACGCACUCAAACCGUCAGAGCUCUGUUGGAUCAGGGUUCGGAAGUAUCUUUUAUUACAGAAAGACUCGCUCAAUGCCUGAGAUUGCGACGCAUUCGGACAAUGACGUCGAUCUCAGCUGUUGGGGGUGUUCACGCUGGCAUGUGCCGACAUGCAGCUAACAUCCAACUUACUUCCCGCAUAAAAUCGGGGCCCGUAUUCAGCACUCAAGCUUUUGUUAUGCGCUCUUUAACGAAAUACACUCCACGACGGGCACAAUUCAGUAAGUCAUGGGAGCAUUUACGAAAUCUCAAUCUUGCAGAUGACAAUCCAACGGGAUCCGAUCCUAUUGAGGUACUCAUAGGGGCCGAUCUAUAUAGUAGAGUAAUUCGAAACGGCGUUCGCAAAGGAUCGAUCGGACAGCCUAUCGCGCAGAAUUCUUAUUUCGGCUGGGUCCUAUCGGGAACUACUACUCAAAGUUCAAGAUCUAGCUCAAUCAAGGUAAUGCAUUGUUCUCUUGAACGAGAUAUUCAACGAUUCUGGGAAGUCGAGGAACUUCCUCAGAAAAUUCAGCUUUUUCCAGACGACGAGCGCUGUGAGAAACACUUUCUUGAAAAUCAUUCUCGCGAUAAAACCGGACGAUAUAUAGUACGGCUCCCAUUCAAACAAGGUCCACCGAUCAAUAUCGGUGAUUCACAUUCAAUUGUAUCAAGUAUGCUAACCUCUUUAAAUCGACGAUUAGAUCGAAAUCUCGAUUUAAAGAAGGAAUACAAUUCAUUCCUAUUAGAGUAUGAAGAACUCGGACAUAUGGAAAAGGUUUCUGUUUCUUCGAAAUCAAAUUCUGUACCACAAACCGUUUAUAUUCCGCACCAUGCGGUUGUGCGCAAUUCAAGUUCCACGACACGUCUUAGAGUCGUUUUCAAUGCAUCAAGCUUAACGUCAAACGGAAGCUCCCUUAACACUCAUCUGUUGCAAGGUCCUAAGCUUCAAACGAAUAUAUUCGAUAUAAUCCUUUGCUGGCGACAGUAUCAAUAUGUCUAUACGGCAGACAUGGCCAAGAUGUACAGACAGAUCGUGGUCGAUCCACGUGAUCAAGAUUACCAACGAAUCUUAUGGAACACUGAAGGCUCGAAAAUACCACAAGCAUUUCGAUUAAAAACAGUCACUUACGGUACAGCAUCAGCUCCAUUUCUUGCACUUAGAGUGCUAAAACAACUUCUGCAUGACGAAGGAGAAUCUUUUCCAUUGGCCUCUUCCAUUCUAAGAGACCAUAUUUAUGUCGACGAUGUUCUUUUUGGAGCCGAAGAUAUUCUUUUGUUGCGUCAAACACGCGAUCAAGUUUGUGCCUUGUUGCAACGCGGAGGAUUUCAGCUAAGGAAAUGGACGAGUAAUAAGUCAGAGUUGCUUACGGACAUUUCCUCCCAGAAUCACGGCUCGCUUGCAAUAAAUUGCUGA